AUGACCAGGUUCAAGAUCAAAAAGUUAAAUGAGGACUCAGAUUAUGAGGACUCAGAUUUGGAGUGGUGGGCCCCAGGCCAGGCCUUCGCUUGGUUCUUGAGAACCUACAAGAAUGGGGUUCUGAAAACACUCGAUCUCAACCCCCUCGAUGCCAUCGAGAUUGGCGACGAGGGUGCCAAGGCGCUAGCAUCCGCUCUUCGCGUCAACGAGGCGCUCACCGACCUCAACCUCGGCGGCAAUAGCCACAUCGAGGAGGCGGCCCUCAGCAUUGUGCGUGUCGAGCGGCAUCGCAACAAGCUCACCUCGCUCGGCUUGCUUUACUGCGGCAUCGGCCCGACUGGUGCCGCAGAGAUCGCCGACUUCGUGUCGGUCAGCGGGGUGCUGACCCAACUCGAUCUCGGACAGAACGACAUCGGCGACGAGGGUACCAAGGCGCUGGCCUCCGCUCUUCGCGUCAAUGGGGUGCUGAAAAGCCUCGACAUCUGCGGCAACAAGAUCGGUGACGCGGGCGCCAAGGCGCUAGCAGCCACUCUUCGCGUCAAUGGGGUGCUGACCGACCUCAACCUGAGCGAGAACGAGAUCCGCAACGAGGGCGCCGCUGCGAUCGCCGAGGCGCUGCGCGGCAACGGGGUGCUGACCUACCUCUGGCUCUGGCAAAACAACAUCGGCCACGAGGGCGCCAAGGCGCUGGCUUCCGCUCUUCGCGUCAACGAGGUGCUGACCGGUCUGUUCCUAAACUCCAACAGAAUCGGCGACGAGGGUACCAAGGCGCUGGCCUCCGCUCUUCGCGUCAAUGGGGUGCUGACCAAGCUCGUUCUCUCCCGCAGAUCUUAA